CCUUUCAAAAGCCAAAGAUGAGGAACACCAGCUACCAGCCAAACACACCGCGAGUUCUUUUCUGCAAACCCAAAAACAGAGAAAAUCCCAACCACCAUUAACCUCGAUUUAUAUCCACUCCUCACUCACCAUGCUCAGCUAUAGCUACGACUGUAAGUUGUUUCUUUUAGCUUAGAUUUCUUUUCGUGAUGGAUUUUGAUAUUUGCUUCUCCUUUCGUUUCUAGGAGUUUUUUUUUUUUUUUUUUUCGCUUAGCAAUAUGAAUCACUGUGUUCCGGAUUUCGGAAUCCAAAUGGAUGACCAAGAAGAAUACCAAAUAUCCAUGCCUUCGGCUUCAGGGUUACCUCGCCUAAAGAAACCCUCCAUUGCAGACGACGAGAUCAUGGAGCUGCUAUGGCAAAACGGCCAGGUCGUGAUCCAGAGCCAGAACCACCGUCCUCAGAAAAAACUUCCGCCGCCGAGGAACUCCGACGAUGCGAUUCCCUCAACGACGAGGGAGAUUCGACAAGAAGUAGAAAACUACGAUCAACAUCUCUUCAUGAAAGAAGGCGAAAUGAAUUCUUGGCUUCACUAUCCAAUCGACGACGAUGAUCCUCCAUUGGAUCAAAGCUUCUGCGCCGAUUUCUUCUACCCGCCGCCGAUUGUUAACAACAACAACAACAGUGCCAUGCAAACAACUGCGCGUGCGUCUCAACCUACGGAACUCCGGCAGCCUCCGAGGUCGGUGCCUCCUAAGCCUCCGAUUCCGCCGGCGAGGAGGCCGGAGAAGGUGCCGGCGAAGACGCCGAACUUCGCGUACUUCUCGAAGCACAAUGCGAGACCCGAGCUAGGGCCGUCGUCGAGUUCGAAGACCGCCGCGAGGGAAUCAACGAUGGUGGAUUCGUGCGACACACCUGCCGCGACGGCGGCGGUGGAGGCUUCGAGAGGUUCUGAGACUGUCAGAAGCUCGGCGAAUCCCACGGAAGAUACUGCAGGCUUAGCGGCGCCUUCGACGACGUGUGCCAGCGGAGGAAGGGGUACGAUGACGUGCGAUGUGACGAUGACGUCAUCUCCGGGCGGUUCAAGUAGCAGUGGUGAACCGGUUCAGAGGGUGGUGGCACUGGACCGGAAACGGAAGGGUCGUGAAGCAGAGGAAUGGGAGUGUCAGAGCGAGGAUGUUGAUUUUGAAUCUGCGGAAGGAGAAAAACAAAUUCGUGGAUCAACAUCAACAAAGAGAUCCCGUGCUGCUGAGGUCCAUAAUCUCUCAGAAAGGAGGCGUCGUGAUCGGAUUAAUGAAAAGAUGAGAGCUUUGCAAGAACUUAUACCUCGUAGUAAUAAGUCGGACAAAGCUUCAAUGCUGGAUGAAGCAAUUGAAUACUUGAAGUCACUGCAGUUACAAGUGCAGAUGAUGUCCAUGGGAUGUGGCAUGGUACCUAUGAUGUUUCCUGGAAUCCAGCAGUAUAUGCCGACAAUUGGAAUGGGGAUUGGAAUGGGUAUGGGUAUGGAAAUGGGAAUGAACAGACCAGUAAUUCCAUUUCCCAAUAUGUUAGCUGGUUCGGCUUUGCCAGCAGCUACUGCAGCUGCUCAUUUGGGACCAAGGUUCCCUGUGCCUCCUUUCCAUAUGCCGCAUGUUCCUGCGACUGAUUCAUCUAGAAUGCAAGUAGCAAAUCAGUCAGAUAAUAAUAUGCUCACCUCUGUUGGUACACCUGAUCCGACUCAGUCACGUAUCCCAAACUUCACCGAUCCUUAUCAACAAUACCUUGGUCCACACCAGAUGCAGUUUCAAUUAAUGCAGAAUCAGGCAAUGAAUCAACUAAAUGUUAGCAAGCCAAGUACCAGUACAGCCCCUGAGAAUCCAGAAAACCAUUAGUCAGGUGAAUUACUUUAUCUUCGUAUUCUGCGAGUUUUGGUGGAAAUAAAAGAUGGUUUAUUAUGCAGUCUGGGUCUUAAUGAUCUUGAUUUGUGCUUACUGUGUUCUUGUGUCAUGUUUCUGGAGCACAUUAAUAUCCAGAUCUGGUUGUUUACCAUGUCAAAGAAGUAUGCUAUUCUUCAGAACCAAUUGGAUUGCACUUGUCUUGAAAUCAAUGUGAACUAAUUGUUGGUUAUUCACAUUUUUAUUCUAGUACUAAUAGUUUUUGCUUGCUACGCAUAUAAAUUCUAUCGUAUCUUUCUGGAUGUUACAAAAACAAAUAUUGCUACUUUUAAGUAUUUCAAUUUUUUUCUUGAUGACAUUCAGGAGAAAAACUGAUUCUUUAAUAGUUACAAUCAAGGGUUGACUAUUCAAAUGGUGCUGCAUAUUAUUGUAUUGCAAUUACCACUAUCUCCACUAUGGUAGUGCAUUGUAAGUCCUGAAUACUUGAUAUUGCACAAAACAAGUAUACCAUCAUUAACAAUGGACUUAUGUGGGUUGCAGGUUAGAUUUUCCGGCACCAAUGCUACAACUACCAAGUUUUGUAGUGUAAGAGAGCGAACCAUUUAGCAGUUCUCAAUAGCAAGCUAAUCUAUACACGACUAACAUGUAAAUUAUUGUAACUUAGUUUUCUCCCUCUUUUUAUCUUCCCCUUUUUCCUUCUUAAAUUUUAACUGUUUGAGAGAUUCUUUAUUUAAUACGAAAAGAGGAACCCGAUAGAUGGUACAAUAGAUGUACAAGUCCAUCCUGCGCCAAACGCGGAGGGCCCUUUCUGGCAGCUUUAAAUACUUUUUGUCUUGAAUCUGCUUCAGGUUCUUUUUACGUUCCUCUUCAUUACAGCAGCCAGUGAUCUUUAUAACAAUUAUUUACAAAGAGAAACUGAAACAGUUCUUGAUUUAAAUGACCCAUAUGGUUCGAUACUUCCAAUAUUUUCAGUAAAUUUAAAUAAAAUUUAAAAAUUAUAAUAUAAAUUGUGUACACUAGACCGUCGGGCAAGCAUUGGUAUUUGCAUCGAUGGCUAAAGUUAUUAGUUAGCCAAUUUAAUUUCCUUUUUGUGAUAAUACAUUGUU